AUGAAAAGUGAUCCGCUCUUCUUCCUCUGCAUCUGCAUAAGUGCAGUCUUCAAAGGCAUUAUCUUCCUCGAUAUUCUCCUCUCUUUUCUCCUCCUCCUCCUCCGUUCUCUCCUCCUCCUCCUCUCUUUUCUCCAUCGCCAACAAGAAUCCUCACGUGGUUUAUCUUCCGCAUUCGUGGAAAAGCUUGCCCGAUUCGAGCUCUCCGAGCCCGUUACACUGCGCAGAAGCGAUUGCGUGGUUUGUCUUGAUGAUUUCAGAAAGAGCGACUGGUGUCGGAGGCUUCCCAGCUGCGGACACGUGUUCCAUCAGAAGUGUGUGGACCCUUGGUUCCGUAAAGCUAGGACUUGUCCAAUCUGCCGUGCUAGGGUUAGACUGAGGGAAGAAGAUCCAAAACAAGGAGAAUCGUUUUUGUCUUAG